GAAGUGGAUAUGUCUAUAGCCAAUAUUUUAUUUUUGUCUUGGAACCUUUGGAGAGCUCUGUCAUGCUUUAUGCGGCAAUGCAUCUGAAAACUGCCAGUUUCAUAUUUGCAUCAAUCCUCCUGAAAGGUGUUCUAGGCUCAGGUGACUGGGAUGUGACUUUCUCCACAUUCUCAAUCUGUGCCUUGAAGGGGUCAUCAGUGGUCAUGCCCUGCAAUUAUUCAUAUCCCAGUGGUAACACAGUCAAAAAAACCUUCUGGUUUAUUCAGUGGCCCUCAGGUCCAGACCCUAUUGACCUAACCCAGGACCCAAAUUACAGCCAGCGUGUGAAUUACCUGGGAGAUGAUCAACAUAACUGCACUUUCAGUAUAAGAAAUCUUACUGAGAUGGAUUCAACACUGUAUCGGUUCAGGUUUAAAACAAAUACAAAUAAAUGGGCUAGUGAAUAUGGAGUCACACUAUCAGUCACAGGUCUUCAAGUAACAGUAAAUCAAAAUAACGUGACAGAGGGACAGAAUGUGACGCUGACCUGUAGAACCAACUGCUCUCUGAGUGACCCUCCCACCUUCAUCUGGUACAAGAAUGGAAAUCCAACACCGAACACAAACCCGGUCAGCAGUGUCCUGUACCUACUGUCAGUCAGCAGUGAGGAUUCAGGAAAUUAUUCUUGUGCUGUAGGAAGCUUUGAGACCCUACUUCCAUUGUUUCUCAAUGUUAACUAUUCCCCAAAGAACACUUCAGUAUCAGUCAGUCCUUCCGGAGACAUUGUGGAGGGCAGUUCAGUGACUCUGACCUGCAGCAGCAAAGCCAACCCACCAGUAUACAGAUACACCUGGUUUAAGAAGAAAGUCACUGAAAUAUCUCAGAAAGGUUCUGGGCAGAGUUACACCAUCACCAACAUCACGUCUGAGGACAGUGGGCAGUACUACUGUAACUCUGAAAAUACAUAUGGAGCUAAAAACUCCUCACAAGUGGAUGUUAAUGUUCGAUAUGCACCCAAGAAUGUCUCUGUGUCAAUAAAUCCAUCAGGUGAAAUACUGGAAGGCAGUUCAGUAACUCUGACCUGCAACAGCAAAGCCAACCCACCAGUGGACACAUACACCUGGUUUAAAAAUGGAGCUGAAAUCUUACAGAAUUAUAACAUCACUAACAUCACCAUUGUAAACUCCAGUACUGGAGAGGUUUACAUUAUCCCCAUCAUCAUCUCUGACAACAGUGGACAGUAUUACUGUAUGGUGAAGAACAAGUAUGGAACUGUGAACUCAGCAUCACUUUCAGUUAAUGUUCUUUAUGCCCCAAGAAACACUUCAAUAUCAGUCAGUCCCUUUGAAGAAAUAAUGGAGGGCAGUUCCGUUACUCUGACCUGCAGCAGCAAAGCCAACCCACCAGUGGACACAUACACCUGGUUUAGAAAAAUUGGAGGUGAAAUCUUAAAAAAAGGAUCAGGACAGAAUUAUACCAUCAGUAACAUCACCUCUGUAGAGGGUGGCGAAUACUACUGUGAGGCUAUGACAAGACUGGGUGUCCAUAAUUCUACUUCUGUCAUUAUUAUAGUAGGUACUCCCACAUUUGUCAUUCCAAGCUUCAUAAUUGGAAUUGUAAUCGGUUCAACCAUUGCAUUUAUUUUUGUUAUUGUGUAUAUGGGGUCCAAGAUAUUCCGGUCCUUAAAGAAAACAGAGAGAGAUGAACAAGUCACUAUACAGGAUAGCAACUGUGCUGUGUAUGCAAAUGUGCUGGCAGUGGGUAUGCGUGGUCCUUCAGGGCAGACAUCAGGUGAACAGGAAAAAACUCAUGUCACAUCAGAUCAGAAGGAGAUGAAACGUUCAAGUUGCACUCCAUCCAAUACUGAAGAAGAUGUCCAAUAUGCCCAUGUUCAGUUUUCCCCACACAGGGGUAAGGGUACAGGGCCUCCAGUCCAGACUGUGGAGAAUACCAUCUACAGUGAGAUCUGCAAUGUUCAAGGUGAUAAUGCCAAGUCAGACGUGUAGGGCUUCACACAGUCACCUACCCUUUCUAAAGAUUAUAUUAGAAAAGUUACAGUUCUUUAAUCAGUGGCAGUAGAACUCAGUUUGAGCUGGAAACCAGUGAUCUAUUUAAUUUUUGCACUGCGCUUUUAGUCAGACCACUACAAAUAUAGGCAUGAGAUACAUUUUAGUACAAUAAGGCAUGUGUAACUACUAACUACUAACUGUAAUCAUUUUA